AAAAAUUUUGGAAUAGCCCUUUAAUUAUAAUGAAUAUGACCCUAAAAAAGUGUAUGAUUCCGUUACAAAUGUUACUUUCAGUGUCUCCAAUUAAGUAAUGUGAUUUAUUCCAUCCAAACCCUUCCUCACAAAACCCCUCCUCAUCUAAUACUCUCACUCCCAUUCCUACCAUUUUUCCACUCCAAACACUCACUCCUUCACUUUGCUACUGCUUUAUAUUCCAUCCACUAGAAUUAUUGGUGUUUUCAUUUCUCCCAUAUGUCCUAAAUGCACCAUUUCGCCAUGGCUAAAAAGUUCCACCAAAUUCUCCCUUUGCUGCUAACUUUGACGAUAUUUGUAGUAUUGAAUUCAUCAUCAUCAGGGUCCAGAGUGGCUGCUCAGACUACUGCAUGUACUUCCUGCCUUCCACCACCAAUUACAUACUGCCCUCCGCCGCCGGUGCCGACUUAUUCUCCGCCACCGCCUCCACCGAGCGAAGUUUAUAGCUCUCCACCGCCGCCGCCGACGAGCACGAUUUACAGCCCUCCUCCACCACCUGGAUACUGGCCUUAUCCACCACCUCAAGGGCCAUCAUACUACAAUGCACCUCCCCCACCAAAUCCCAUAUUGCCUUACUUCCCAUUCUAUUUCUUGAAUCCUCCUCCGCCUUCUUCAGCAAAUGGGCUCAGCGUUCCAUCAACUACAUGCGUAGUCUUGAGCCUAAUGAUUCUACUACGGUAUUUAUCUUUAUGAAUUUUCUUUUCUUUUUUUCUUUUUUUUUUUUGGUUCUAGUCGAAGGCAGCAGAAGGAGUACUCCAGAAGUGGCAUUUGGUUCAAGUUUAACUUCAAGUUCAACCGCAUGAACCGUGGAUUUGUUCCAGUAAUAAAAAUUGGUCAGGGCUAGAAUGCAGCAAUAAAAGAUUCCCACGGAGAGUGAUGUUAGAAAAGCUAGACAGUCAGGCAGGAGUCAGGACCAUUUUAUAUCACUUUCUUCUUUUUCUCUUCUCUCCAUUUGUAAUUCAUUUUUCUCAACUUAUCAGCUUAAUUAUGCCAUUCAUUUCACGUGCCGUCGUCCAUAAUGAGCUUCAACUCUUCAAGCCAUUGUAAAUUGCCGACAACGAAUUUGUAGGUUCUCAGGGCAGUAAAAUAAAUUGGUGGUCGUGUCUGACGCGCAAGACGAUUGGUGGUUUUCCAAUUUGGGAUGAAGGAAGUUUUUAUCGUAUUCUUGAAAUAAUCUUCACGAUAUAUUGACCUACAUUUUUGUUGUGAUUCCCAGAAAUGCAACUGGGACAAAUCAUUUCAUGAAAGCAGAAUGUUUUUCCGACCUCGCAGCUGCAGAAAUUUUAACCGCGGCAAGAAAAGAAAAUGUAAUUUCACUUUCUUUUACUAGUACCAAUUAAACAUCUCGAGGGUGGCAAACAAUGUUACCUUAUUAUGUUGAGAUGUCGCCGUCCUAAUAAUAACACAAACAAACGACCAACAACUAAAACCAGCUCAGAAGCCUCAAAUACCAAUUCAGGGUGAUCAAUUCAUUGAUGAACUAUGACACAAAACAUAUGGGACUAGACAUAACGCAAUUAUUGAUCCCCCCAAAAUGUCAAAGCAGUCCGUUAG